GCUGGUGCCUGCCUCAGAUAAUCGACCGAGUCGCACGUGUUUUUCAUUUCGAGUACUGCGUACUCGCCGAUAAAUAAUUGUUAUUACUACUUGACACAGUUUAUUCAUUGAGAAAUGGCAAAGUCACUGAGAAGCAAAUGGCGCAGAAAGUGCAGAGCAGUCAAAAGAAUACGUUAUGGAGAAAAAGAACUUGCCAGGCUGAAGCAAACCUUAGGCAUUGACGACAAUGCUGCAGCUAACAAAGACAUUGAUAUGUCAGAAAUUCAAGAAAUUGCUACAGUCACAAACGCUGAAGCAAUCAAAGAAAGUAUCAUAAAGAAAGAAGAAGCUGAAAAAGAAGCUGAAAAAGAAGGAGAUGAUGAAGUUGAACCCAUGGAUGAUGGAACUGUACAAGCUCCCGCUAAGAAGUUCAGUAAAAAAUCCUUGAAAAAUGAGCAUGGAAAUUAUCCAAUUUGGAUGAACCCCAGACAUAUCGCAAAACACAAGAAAGGUCGUGCCAAGAACAAAAAAGCGAUCUCAAAGAAAGACAAGAGAUUGACACGAAAAGAUAAAAAAAAACUAAAGAAUAAGAAUAAAUCUAAAAAAGAAGAAUAAUUAUACUUUUAUAAUUGUUGA